AAUAAUAAAUAUUUCGCUUCGACAUUUUUAGAGAAAAAGAGACGCGUCUACGAUCAGUAUGGCAAGGAUGGUCUUCAAAUGCCUGGAGGCAAACGACCCCACGGGGAUGACUUUAAUUCGCACUUCGGCGGCACAUUCGUCUUCAGGGAACCCGAGGAAGUUUUCAAGGAAGUUUUCGGAGAAUUUCUCAGAGAAUUUCUCGAUGGGAAACCGCUCCAAGAUAUAUUCGCCGAUUUUCAACCUAUCGAUUUCGUUCUUUUUGGUUCUUUAUUCGGUAUAGUGAUGUAUCAAAAAUUAUGGGGACGUUUAUAAUUAUUUUCCAAAUACGAGAUUAAAAUUUUACCAUAAAUAAUGUAAUACGUAAUAAAGUUA